AUGUUGCUGUCGACUGUUCUGUUUUAACAAUUGCUAGAGUAUUUAAUAACAGCAUAUGGCUGUUUAUAUUUCCUUCUGAAAAGCCGCAUUGUCAGACUUCACAACCCUUAGUGAAAGAUACCCAGACAAUAUUGAUAUCAAGCUACUGAUGGCACAUUGCUAUAAGCGAAUGGGCAAGACAAUAAGAGCUGCUUUCUUAUACAGACAGGUUCGAAUGCUGGAUAGUUGUUUCGUGAAAGACAUGUAUCAUUAUGGUGUUUGCUUGAAGCAACUUUCCAAAAUCGCAAACUUGAAUAAAUUGGCGCGUGACUUGCGGGAUUGUAAUGAUAAACAUCCAGAUACAUGGUGUGUCAUGGCCUUAUUGUGGGACGUAGAACAAGAGAAAGAUAAAGCUUUGCAAAUGGUCCAUAAGGCCCUAGAAUUGCAGCCAGAUCAUUAUGGAGCUCUUCAGCUUCGUGGUCAGCUUCUUAUGGAAACAAAACCCAAUGAAUCACUUAAGUCAUUCCGCGAUGCCAACAGGAUAGAGAAGGACAUCAUAUCAUAUGAAGGGCUCGUAAACGCAUAUAUACUGUUGGGGCGACAACUGGAAGCAGUAGGUACUGCCAAGGAAGUCAUGGAAUUGAUGUCGGAUAGUGCCCAUGCACUAGCAAUUUAUGGAAUAGCAAUAUAUCAUUCUGGUGAGGAAAGAGUAGAUGAGGCGCUAGAAGUGCUUCAAAAGGCAAUAAGUAUGGACGCUGGCUGCAUACAAGCAGCUUUAUGUUUGGUUACGAUCUAUGAGAAACUAGAGCGCUAUGAUGAGGCGAUUCAGAUAUUGGAUCAACAAAUCGAUUAUCAGCCACCAGAUGCGAUUCAUGUACGGAAAGCCGAAAUCUAUACCACUAUGGAACAAUGGGAGAAGGCAUUCUUGAGUUAUCAGAGCGCGAUCAGCGCUAAUUUUGACAAUGUACGUGCGAAGGAGGGAAUGGCGCGUGUAGAAAAGAUUCUGACAGGGGGCGAUGACGAAGAUGAUGAUGGUGUGGAAGGGUCGGACAAUAAUGACGAGCUUGAGGGAGAUGGUAUAGACACAGACCUCGAUCACGACCAGGAUCUCAUGGCUGGCAACCUGGAUGAAGACGAAGUUCUGACUGGAGAGGAGGAUCAAGGAGAAGACUUUGAGGAGGGUUAUAGCUUUCGUCAACAAGAACAACAGCAACAGCCAUCAGCACCCCAACAGCUUGAUGCUUCCUUAUUACAGAUGGCUGAAAGCUUUAGAACCAGACAACUACAGCAGCAGCAACAGCAGCGACAAUCGAAUGCCGUAACCCCAGUACGACCUUUGGCACAAAAUUCAUAUGAACAUACAGGACCGCCGCCGCUUAUUCGACGGCCACGUCAGCAACAACUUCAACAAUUUACGCAACAUGCAUCACAGCAUCAGCAGCAGCAGCAACAACAUGCUUCCUCAUCUUCAACAUUUGGGUUUAGGGUUGAUUCUCCACAUACUCCACCUAGGAUGACGAGUCCUGUUAGUCCGUCAUCUAGAACCCCCCCGGGAGCACCUGUUAUGAGUCGACCAUACCAAUCGAUACAUCGGCUUCCGCUCGAUCGUGAUUCUCCAGAGCCCGAUAUGGAGGAAUAAAAAAAUUUCAUUCUCAGUAUAAUAAAAUGCAUG